AUGAUACCCUUCACGUUGACCGUACAUGAUCGAAACGUGAGCCAUACUCUUGCCACAACGAAUACUGGGGCCCAGCACCCAGAUCAUGCUUCUAAAGCGAUCUCUUUCCCAACCAAUAUACGCUACGUUUUCGAAGAUGACGAAGAUUUCGUUGCAGAGGAAGACGCUGAUAUAGAGAACAUCCUAAUUGUCGAGGUAGAUCCAAAUUUGAAAGUCACACAAGUCGAAUUGAUUAGCGACGAGUACCAACUUUUAUCGUUCGAGUCGCAGGCCGAUAACGAACUUGAACUGGAUGUCUUGUCACGAUUUUGUACGCUUGAGACCGAGAGUCAAGACUUAGACGAAUUAAUGCAGAUUUACAAAACGCAAAAUGAACAACUAAAUAGUAUAUUUAACGCGUUGUGA